GAUUUAAUGGUAUAAAUGUGCUUAGGACACUUCUCCAGGUCUACAGCACAAGCUACACCUCUCAGUGAGCAAGAAGCACCAGAGUGCCAAAUGGGGCCUUUACGAAGAGGAAGCUUGAUAGGGCAGCUCAGUUUAUCAGCAGCUGGAACAUUUCCCAAGCAUGUGAAAAUAGUUGAGGUCGGUCCACGGGAUGGUUUGCAGAAUGAAAAGAAUAUUGUUCCCACCCAGGUGAAAAUUGAUUUAAUCAACAUGCUGUCAGAGACGGGUCUCUCCGUUAUAGAAGCCACCAGUUUUGUUUCUCCAAAAUGGGUACCUCAGAUGGCUGACCACACAGAAGUUAUGCAAGGCAUCAGGAAGGUCUCUGGGGUCAGCUACCCCGUUCUCACGCCGAACCUCAAGGGAUUUGAAGCAGCGGUGACAGCCGGAGCCAAGGAGGUGUCAAUCUUCGGGGCAGCCUCCGAGCUUUUCACAAAAAAGAACAUCAACUGUUCCAUAGAGGAGAGCCUGCAAAGGUUUAGCGACGUUCUGCGGGCAUCAAAAGAAGCCAGUAUUCCAGUCCGAGGCUACGUCUCCUGCGUUCUUGGCUGCCCUUAUGAAGGAAAGAUUUCUCCCGCUAAAGUGGCAGAGGUGUCAAAGAAAAUGUACGCGAUGGGGUGCUAUGAGAUUUCCCUUGGCGACACCAUUGGCGUGGGGACCCCAGGCAACAUGAAGGAGAUGCUUUCGGCAGUCAUGAAAGAGGUGCCCGUUGAAGCUCUUGCUGUCCACUGCCACGACACUUACGGACAAGCUCUUGCCAAUACACUAGUCGCACUACAGAUGGGUGUGAAUGUAGUCGAUUCAUCGGUUGCUGGCCUUGGAGGCUGUCCUUAUGCUCAGGGAGCAUCAGGGAAUGUGGCAACAGAAGACAUGGUGUACAUGCUGCAUGGCCUUGGGAUUCAUACAGGUGUGGAUCUAUCAAAGGUCCUUGAAGCAGGCACUUUCAUCUGCAAGAUGCUGAACCGGAAGACCAGUUCAAAAGUCGCACAGGCCACCUGCAAAUUGUGAAGUAGACCAGUGCCUUUCCUGGACUUGCUGGGAUCAAAACUGCAUGACAGUCUGGAAACUGCCUUGUUACCAUUUGUCCCCCCAACUUUAUUUAAGCACUAUCCAAUGACUCGGAAUUAAAAAGACAAGAAGAUGAAACUGCUGGAUUUUACACUAAGAGGAAGAAGACAUUAAAAGACUGUAGAACACCGCAUCUGCCUAUCAAGCAGGUUGGAUGUAUUUGAAGAUGGAUGUUGCAAUUGUUUUAAGGAGAAAAUGUAUUGUUCUUGUCCUUAUUUUUGACUUGGGUCUCUUGUGCCUGAAAUCUGUUUUGUACCUAGGGCCAUUCACACUGCCCAGCACCUCCACUGUCUCUCCAGUGCUGGGCUUUCUAAAGGUUUUAACUGUCAGGGCAAGCUUCCCUUUUCAUAAGCUCUUGGAUCAUUAUGAUCCUUUUUAGAUGCAGUGGUCCUGGGGAAUUCUGGGAGUUGAAGUCCACACAUCUUAAAAGUGGCCAAAGUUGAGAAACACCGGUCUAGUGGUCCUUGUCAAACAUUGAAGCAAGAAAACGUACGCUGGGAUUUCUCUAAAAAUAAAAAUAAAAUAUUUUUACUCUGGG